AUGAUAGAUGAAGGAUACACCGUAAAGGAGAUGAAAGGACAAGGCAAUAGAGAUCUGAGAGUCAAAGGAGGGAUGCAAAUGAAAGCACACAGAUUAAGACUUGCCCUUGAUGUGACAACCUGGAAAGGAAGGCAUUCUUUAGAGAAGUACAGAACUGUAGGUGAUCAAGCAUGUGACAGUGACCACUGGGGACCUCACUGCAGCAGCCGCUGCCAGUGCAAGAACGGAGCCUUGUGCAACCCCAUCACUGGAGCCUGCCACUGUGCAUCAGGUUUCAAAGGCUGGCGCUGCGAGGAACGCUGUGAUCAAGGAACAUAUGGAAAUGACUGCCAUCAAAGAUGCCAGUGUCAAAAUGGAGCCACCUGCGACCACGUGACUGGAGAGUGCAGAUGUCCUCCUGGAUACACUGGUGCCUUCUGCGAGGACCUCUGUCCCCCCGGGAAGCAUGGGCCCCAGUGCGAGGAGAGGUGCCCCUGCCAGAAUGGAGGCAUCUGUCACCAUGUCACCGGGGUGUGUGCCUGCCCACCAGGAUGGACGGGCAUGGUCUGUGGUCAGCCUUGUCCUGAGGGUCGUUAUGGGAAAAACUGUUCCCAGGAGUGCCAGUGCCACAACGGAGGGACCUGUGACUCAGCCACAGGUCAAUGCCAUUGCAGCCCAGGUUACACAGGGGAACGGUAA